ACAAAACUGAUUUUUAUUUAUUUGAUGAAGAUUAGGAGAAGGAGAACAAAGACCAAAGCAGGAAUUGGGAUUUUGGAUUUUAUCUAAGGUUCGCUGUUAUCAGUUGUUAUCGAAAUCGGUGAAUCUGUGCCCAUGCCAUCAUAGUAAAUAAUAAUAACAGUUGAUUAUCCACGCGUUCUAACUUCCCAAUUGCGGGAAACUUAAACGAAAAUUGCGAGUUAGUAGCUACUUAGUACUUACUAGGCUUAGGAUACCGAUUGGUGUCCGCUGUUCACUACGCCGUCUAAUCGCCAACGCCAUGUCCAACGUGGACGUAUUAGAACAAUUACAGUUGGUGCUCAGACCCGACAUGUCGGACCGGCGGAUCGUGUGCAUCGAGGAGACAGACACUGCCAAGUCGGAUGUGAUCCUAUCGUUUUACAUGUGGUACGUGUUCACCAAGACCGACAGACCCGUGUGCAUGGUUGGUGUCCGAGACACGUACGGUCAUUACCAGAACAUAGGCCUGAAGUUCCAUUACAACCUGUUGUCGAUGUACAAUCAGAAGCGAUUCACGUUCAUCGAGUCCGCCGUGUCCGUCGAAAAUUUGGUCAAAUGCGCGCAAGACCUGUUGGAAAAGUACCCCACCGGUAUUGUUUACAUGGUGGUGGACGACAUUAGUUCGCUGUUGCUGUUAGGUGAAAAGUUUGAGGACAUUGUUGGAUUCCUGGUGUUCGCCAAGCACCAACCCCGCCUUUGCCUUGUAUUUGCCUGUUGGAAACACAAGACAGACGAAUCAGCUAAAAGAUUAGCAUCUGCCGUGUCGCAUCUAGCUGACACCAGGGUGGCACUGGCGCCAUUGGUCACAGGGUUUUCAAACACAGCAACAGGCACUAUGAGGAUCACUACACAUGAAUCAUUUUAUCAUAUAGAUGACGUGUCUUAUUUGUACAAAUUAGCCGACAAUGGUCUCAAGUUAACAUUGAAUUCAAGCACUGUCAGAUAAAAUCAUUAAGUAUUUUAAAUGUUUUAUGAGCUACUGUGAAGUGAUAUGAUUCAAUGCCUACCAUUUGUAUAAAAUUAAUUUAUAUAUUGUAAAUAAAAAUCAACUAACAAUAA